GGCUUUCCAAGAGACUAAACAAUAGACAAGAAACAGAACUAGGUCGAGUCAGUCGAUCCGCCGUGCAAGUGAAUAACCUGCAAGUAGCAUCUAUUUUAGAAGAAGCAAUAAAGCAUGCGAGUGAGCCCGAACAAUACUUUUUCGUAAUGCUCGAUCAAGACUUGGAAACGAUAUCCAAAUUUUACGAUAGUAAAGAAAAAGAAGCAGAAGCAAAGUAUGAAGCAAUAGAGAUUCAAGUGAAAAUUGUCAAAAGCUUUGCUUCUAAAUUAUCAAAGACUAACUCACCAGGUAACCAUGACUCGAAUGAUCGAGGUUUACACUUUGGAGAGUGGUUCGGAAGAAGUGAUUCUGUAGAUUCAGCCUUGACAGAGAUAUCUAAUUUACCUGACAGUGUCAAGUAUACCAACGAUCAACAUGUGAGCUACAAUGUAGCUAGGAGCAGAUUAAAGAUGGCGAUAACGGAAUAUUAUCGUAGCUUGGAGCUGUUGAAAUCAUUCAAAAUAUUAAACGAGACAGGAUUUCAUAAAAUCUUGAAAAAGUUUGACAAAACUGCAGGCUGGAAAGCGAGUACCUUGUAUUUUCAAAAGCUAAACCAGUACCAUUGGAUAAGAUCACGCAAAAUUGAUGACCUGCUUGAUGGUACAGAGGUAUGAUACAUAGGAUACAAUGAUCACAGGUACUCAAAUGAUAAUAGGGCUUGUAUAUUAAAGAAUUUGCCGGUGGUCAUCGAAGAAAAGGAAUGAACCAAUUGAGAUUACCAGAAAGAGAUGAUGUAAGACGAUUUACUUAUUCAUGUAAUAGUCUAAUACUUCUUUCA